UCACACCUGCCACUGGCAGCUUCGGUUUCCGCACAGUGGCGGCUUCCCAUUCAUGCUCCAGCUACUGUGCAGCCUCCCGCGAGCCCAGAGCGAAGUGCUGGUGCCGGGGGCUCCGGAGGGAGGGCCUGGGCGACGCUUUCGUCGCUGCGCCGGGGCCGACCGGCAGGCUCUUCCAUAGGUGGCUGCGUUUCCGACUUCGCCCUGGCUCCACUCCGGGGGCUUGACGUGCAAACUUCGCCGGAGCGAGCAGAGAGGGAGGGACCGGCGAGGGGGAGGAGGCGACAGGAGGCGCCUCCGCUUAAGGGAGCCGGCCGGGCGCCGCCGCUCGGACGGACGCGCGGACGGAAGGAAGGAGCGGGGCUGCCGGCUGGGCCGGGAUGCGAGCGCCCGCAGGGAGCGGAAAGAAUGUCGGAGCGGGCCGCGGAUGACGUCAGGGGGGAGCCGCGCCGCGCGGCGGGCGGAGCAGCGGCCGCCCGGCAGCAGCAGCCACAGCCUCUGCAGCCCCAGCGGCAGCACCCGCCGCUGCGGCGCCCACGGGCGGAGGACGGCGGCACCGGGGACGCCACCACCUCGGCUGCCGCCAUGGCGACGGUGGGAGAGCGCAGGCCCUUGCCCAGUCCCGAAGCGAUGCUGGGACAGUCGUGGAAUCUGUGGGUGGAAGCUUCCAAACUUCCUGGGAAGGAUGGGACCGAAUUGGAUGAAAGUUUCAAGGAGUUUGGGAAAAACCGCGAAGUCAUGGGGCUCUGUCGGGAAGAUAUGCCGAUCUUUGGUCUCUGCCCAGCACAUGAUGAUUUCUACUUGGUGGUGUGUAACGACUGCAACCAAGUUGUCAAACCACAGGCAUUUCAAUCUCACUAUGAAAGAAGACAUAGCUCAUCUAGCAAGCCUUCUUUGGCUGUUCCUCACACUUCAGUAUUUUCCCUCUUCCCUUCUCUGUCCAAAAGCAAAGGCGGUGGUGCUGGCGGAAGCAGCCGGCCUCCUAGUGGAGGAGUCCUUUGCGCAUCCUCAAGCUCCAAGUUACUCAGAUUGCCCAAAGAGAAACUGCAGCUCAGGGGAAACAUGAAGCCCAUGCAUCCUGUGCAACCGAUUAAAGUCCCCCAUGGAAGAGUCAUGACGCCCUCUGUGAAGGUGGAAAAGAUGCAUCCGAAGAUGGAUGGCACACUACUGAAAUCCACAGUGGGGCCGGCCUGUCCUGGUACUGUGGGCUCUGCAGUCAAGCCUGGCCUUAACUGUCCCUCAAUACCAAAGCCAACCUUGCCUUCACCCGGACAGAUUCUGAAUGGCAAAGGGCUUCCUGUAAUGCCUACUCUGGAAAAGAAAUCUGAAGACAGUUCAAAUAACAGGAAGUUUUUAAAUAAGAGAUUAUCAGAAAGAGAGUUUGAUCCUGACAUCCACUGUGGGGUCAUUGAUCUGGAUACCAAGAAGCCCUGCACCAGGUCUUUGACUUGCAAGACACAUUCCUUAACCCAGCGGAGAGCUGUUCAGGGUAGACGAAAACGAUUUGAUGUGUUAUUAGCCGAGCACAAAAACAAAGCCAGGGAGAAGGAGCUGACUCGCCAUCCGGAUUCUCAGCAACUACCACAUCCACUCAGGGACCCACAUCCCACCCCUCCUCGGACGCCACAGGAGCCACACCUUCCUGCAGAAUCAAAGCCUUUCUUAGCUAGUAAACCGAAACCUCAUACCCCUAGUCUUCCAAGGCCUCCAGGCUGCCCAGCUCAGCAAGGAGGGAGUACCCCCAUUGACCCUCCUCCAGGCCUCGAGUCUCCACACCCGCCCUUGCCUGCCACUGAGCCAGCUUCUCGGUUAUCCAGUGAGGAGGGUGAAGGCGAUGACAGAGAAGAGUCUGUUGAGAAACUGGACUGUCACUAUUCAGGUCGUCACCCUCAGCCAGCAUCGUUUUGCACAUUUGGGAGCCGGCAGAUUGGAAGAGGUUAUUAUGUGUUUGACUCCAGGUGGAACCGGCUUCGCUGUGCCCUCAACCUCAUGGUAGAGAAGCAUUUGAAUGCACAGCUAUGGAAGAAAAUCCCACCAGUGCCCUGUACCACAUCACCUAUUUCUGCCCGUGUUCCUCACCGGACAAAUUCUGUGCCGACAUCACAAGGUGGGAUCAGCUACUUAGCAGCAACCACUGUCUCCGCACCUCCAGUCCUGCUGUCAUCCACCUGCAUCUCCCCAAAUAGCAAAUCGGUACCAGCUCAUGGAACCACGCUAAAUGCACAGCCUGCUGGUUCUGGGGCAAUGGAUCCCGUGUGCAGUAUGCAAUCCAGACAAGUACCCGCUUCAUCCUCAUCCCCCUCCACACCCUCUGGCCUCUCUUCAGUCCCCUCUUCCCCUCUGUCCAGAAAACCUCAGAAAUUGAAACCUAGCAAGUCUAUAAGGCCCAAGGAGUCUUCUACUCUCAGCACUAACUGUCACAAUGCGAGUAGCAGUACCAGUGGUGGCUCAGGAAAGAAACGCAAAAACAGUUCCCCACUGUUAGUUCAUUCUUCCUCUUCUUCGUCAUCCUCCACCUCCUCUUCUCAUUCCGUGGACUCUUUUAGGAAAAACUGUGUGGCUCACUCUGGGACUCCAUACCUGUCAACAGCACCAUCUUCCCACAGCAUUGGCUUCAACUGUGUGACAAAUAAAACACAUUCGGUGAGCCUCCGGCAUGAGCAGGCGGGACGGGGUCCCGCUGGUAUGAACCCUGCAGAGCCCAUCAAGAGGAUGAGUGUAAUGGUGAACAGCAGCGACUCCACUCUUUCUCUUGGCCCAUUCAUCCAUCAGUCCAGUGAACUGCCUGUCAACCCACACUCACACACUCCUCUAGACAAACUCAUAGGAAAGAAAAGAAAGUGCUCUCCAGGCUCUAGCACUGUUGGCAACAGUGGCAGCAAACCUACGAAGGUGGCCAAAUUGCCCGCUAUGAACAACGUCCACAUGAAACACACAGGCACCAUCGCAGGGGCACAAGGAUUGACGAACAAUUCCCUCCUCCAUCAGGAUAUCUUCUCUCCUUGCUUACGAACAGGAAUUGCAGCAGCAGCACCCCAGAGCCCUGACUUAAAAACCAAAGGCACGACCCUGACAGCUGACAGUACCACUGGAAGGAAUAAUCCAGAUAUUUUUGAAGACAAGUUACACCUCUGCUCAGCACUCUGGACUCCACGAUGCCUUUGAGUCUCUUUUUCUAAACUCCUGUGGGCCUUCAGGGUAACCUCUGGCUGUUUGAAAAGGACUUCCUGAAGCUGUGUCUGUAGCAGUGAGUACACGUAAAGGACACUGGAUCACGUUCAGCCACUGAUUGCUUUCUCAGUGUUAAAGUGGUCUGGACUGCUUGCUCCCAA